AUGAAUGGUUAUCGAGACCAGUCUAGUUAUCUCCUCGUGCAAUGGACAGAUGGAGAAAGAGGACAAAUCGUGGUAUCAACCAACGAAGUACUGAGCCCUGUACUUAGAAUUUAUAUGCCGUACCAGUCGGUGAUACUGUCGUAUUGCAACCGACCAAGACGAGCCACUAUUGUGGCGAUUUCAAAUAAUCGCAUGUUACUGGAUCCAGACCCAGUUAGAAGAGGACUAAGAGCAAGACCUAGAAGGGUAAGAAGAUUAUCCAGCUCGUCAUCGUCUAGUAUACCAAGCGAUGGCGCCGAGUCUCCGGAGAUGAAUGACUGCAUGAAGCCCUGGUUAGAACGAUUCUAUUAUCGAUAUGAUUAUCAGCGGUGGUUGGCAGCACAGAGAUGGCACCAAAGAAUACACAGGCCCAUUCCAAUAUUACCAAUAUCUGCACCACAACCAAGCACUUCAGGCAUUACGACCAGAAGCCAACCCCAUACUAACGGAACUAGCAACGGAUAUACCAACGGAUCCCCAGGUCCUAGCCGUAGUAAUUUUAAUACAGUGGAAAACAUGAAUGGGAAUGAGAUAGAGUUUAAUAAUGUAAUAAGUUUUAUGGCGACUGCGUCCUUAAACCCACCACCUCUGCUGUUGAGGACGUUAAACCCCUCACCGCAGCCGUCCGGGUCGUCUGACUCGCAACCGCAACCUUCGGGGUCAUCAGACGCGCAACUGCGGUCAUCAGGGUCGUCAGACUCGCAACCGCAAUCGUCAGGGUCAUUAGACUUGCAACCGCAACCGUCUAGGUCGUCUGACGCGCAACCGUGGCCGUCGGGGUCGUCGGACUUGCAACCGCGGCCAUCGGGGUCGUCCGAUUCGCAACCGCGGCCGUCGGGCCGCAACCGUCGGGGUCGUCAGACUCGCAACCGCGGCCGUCAAGAUCAUCAGACUGGCAACCACGGCUAUCAGGGUCGUCUGACUCACAACCGCAGCCGUCAGGGUUGUCAGACUCGCAACUGCAGCCAUCGGGGUCGUCAGACUCACAACCGCGGCCGUCGAGGUCAUCAGACUCGCAACCGCGGCCGUCGGAAUCGUUGGAGCCUCCAUCUCAGACGUCAAGGUCAUUAG